AUGUAUAAGCAUAUUUAUUUUGUAAUUGCAGCAUCUGCUCCUGUUUCUCUUUAUUCGCAUGCUACUUCUAUAAUAAAGUUUAAUGGACUCAAUUUCUCUGAUUGGUGCGAACAAAUCCAAUUCCAUCUUGGAGUUUUGGAUCUUGAUUUAGCACUUUUAAGUGAGAAACCUACUGCAAUUACUUCUGCUAGCAGUGAUGAGGAUAGAUAUUUCUAUAAAGCUUGGGAAAGAUCAAAUAGAUUGAGCUUAAUGUUUAUGCGAAUGACUGUAGCAAACAAUAUUAAGUCCACAAUUAAGAACACUGAGGAUGCUAAGGAAUUUAUGAAAUCUGUGGAAAAAUGUUCUCAAUCAGAGUCGGCUGACAAGUCACUUGUUGGAACACUUAUGAGUACUUUAACCAACAUCAAGUUUGAUGGUUCUCGUAUUAUACAUGAGCAUAUCCUUGAAAUGACGAACUUGGCAGCAAGGUUAAAGACCAUGGGAAUGGAAGUUAAUGAGAAUUUUUUGGUAACGUUUAUCCUUAAUUUCUUACUUUCAGAGUAUGGUCCAUUUCACAUGAACUAUAACACUCUGAAAGAUAAAUGGAAUGUGCAUGAAUUACAAAGUAUGCUCAUUCAAAAGGAAGCGAGGCUUAAGAAACCAAUAAUUCAUUCUGCCAAUCUCGUGGGUCACAAAGGAGCUGGAAAGAAACCUAAAAAAAAGAAUGGCAAGGGCAAUCAUGAACAAUUAAAGGUAAAACAGUCAUCUGCCCCAAUCCACAAAAAGGGACAAAUUAAGGAUAAGUGUCGUUUUUGCAACAAACCUAGACACUAUCAGAAAGAUUAUCUGUUUCGAGAAUAA